CGGAGCCGCAGUGCCCGAAAUUGGUCCCUAUCACCUCUUAACAUCUUCCUUCUUGAUUCUUUGAAUUAUUCUGGAUUCGAUCAAACCCAAGAAAGAAAAAUCGAUCCAUCUUAAAAAGCCAAGAAAUCGCAAGAGCGUCUCCAAAUCCCCACCAGAAGAAAGUACCAUAUGGAGAACAACGUUAACUUAGGUUCAGGAGAAGCAAAGAAUAGUAGGGAACAAGAACAGGAGCAGGAACAGGUCCUUAAUUUAGAUUCUGCGAAUGAUACUGGAGACCAAGAGGAACCCCAGCCUCCUCGUCACUCUUCCAGAAGAACUCCCUUCACUAAUCUUAGUCAGGUUGAUGCGGACCUCGCUCUUGCCCGCACACUUCAAGAACAGGAAAGGGCAUACAUGAUGUUAAGAUUGAACAAUGACGGGAGCGAUUAUGGAAGUUGGGAAGCUGGAAGCUAUUUGCAUGAUGAUGAGGAUGAUUUUGGUGAUCCUGAUGUUGAAACUGAAGGAGGCGAUGAGGAUGAGGAUGAGGAUGAGGAUGAAGAUGGCACUGAUGAUGGCAUGGAUGCAUUUGAUGCACAUGCUCAUGAUGAUGCUGGAGUUGAUAAUAUUCCUGGCAUUCAUCUUGACCCUUCUAUGUUUUCUAGUGAUGAGGCCUAUGCCAGAGCCUUACAGGAUGCUGAAGAAAGAGAAAUGGCUGCUAGAUUGUUGGCUCUUGCUGGAAUAAAUGAUCGAGAAGUAGAGGACAGUGAGGAUCAUGGUGGUAACUCUCAGGAUGCAUGGGAGGAGGUUGAUCCAGAUGAACUUUCAUACGAGGAGUUGCUUGCACUGGGUGAAGUCGUUGGAACUGAGAGUAGAGGGCUUUCUGCUGAUACAAUUGCCUCUUUGCCUUCGGUAAAUUACAAGGCAGGAAGCAGUCAGAAUGGAAGUAAUGAUUCCUGUGUUAUAUGUCGAUUAGAUUAUGAUGAUGGUGAGACCCUGACAGUACUUUCUUGCAAGCAUUCCUAUCAUUCAGAAUGCAUAAAUGAUUGGUUGAAAAUAAACAAGGUUUGUCCUGUCUGCAGCACCGAGGUCUCCACCUCUGGACACAGCUAGUGUUUGUUGGACGAUCAACAUCUUCUUUAAUAUCUAAGCUUUUGUGCAGAAGUUCCAUGAUGCUCGUGGAAAGAUGGACGCUCCCUGCUGUUGCAGUAUUCAUCCCCAGCCUUAAGAAUUGCUAACAUGUGAUUUUAAUGUAGCCUUUUAAGUGCAACAGCAAGAACCAUAUCCAUUUUUAGCUUUGCAAAUGAAGAUGUGUUCUACUUUCUGCAAUUGAAGAUUGCUUUUACUUCAAUUGUAAUUCACUGUACAAUGGCUUUAAAUUGCCAACUAUCAACUAUCAACUAUCAACGUGGACAUAAUAUGCCUUUGGUGCAUCUGUUUUCUUUGCCACUUGUACUUCAGGGGGAUCCACAAGGAUGGUUUAUUUUAGUUUGAUUCAAUGUCACAUGCAGGCUGUUUCUUGCA